AAACAAUAGGAAAACAUGGCGGCGUCCGUCAGGUUGAUGUUCUGGAGGUUCAUUUCUUUUUCUCACUUAAAUUCGAAGAUUAACGUUGCUGAAGUUUCAGGUCGCUCUGUUUGCUGUCUCGGAGCUUCGGUUUGUCGUCGCUUUAGUGAUGUUGCUGGAGAAAAAAGUACACAUUUUGGUUUCGAAACUGUCUCAGAAGCAGAGAAGGCGAAGAGAGUGUAUAAGGUAUUUGAGAGCGUAGCCCAUAAAUAUGACAUCAUGAAUGAUGCGAUGAGUCUGGGCAUUCAUCGACUGUGGAAGGACAAACUGCUGCACACAAUGCACCCCCAGCCUGGUGCACGACUCCUGGAUAUGGCAGGGGGAACAGGUGACAUUGCUUUCCGUUUCUUGAACUACAUUCAUUCUCAGGAAGAGCUGCAGCAGCGAAGAGCAGUGAAGUUCAAUCAAACGGUGUCAUACAAAGAGGUGUACAACAGUGAUGCUGUAGGGGACGAGGAGGAGCCCAGACAGUCCAGAGCCGUUGUCUGUGAUAUCAACAAGGAGAUGCUGAAAGUGGGCAAGCAGAAAGCCGAAAGCAGGGGCAUUACAGAGGGCCUGUCCUGGGUAGUGGGGGACGCGGAGGAGCUGCCAUUUGAUGAUGAUCAGUUUGAUGUUUACACCAUCGCAUUUGGAAUUCGCAACGUCACCCGUGUCGAUCAGGCACUGCAGGAAGCUUGGCGGGUUCUGAAGCCUGGAGGCAGGUUCAUGUGUUUGGAGUUUAGCAAAGUGACAAAUCCUGUACUGUCAAGACUUUAUGACGCUUAUAGUUUCCAGUUGAUCCCAGUUAUGGGAGAGGUGAUCGCUGGUGAUUGGAAGUCCUACCAGUAUCUUGUAGAGAGUAUUCGCAAGUUCCCCGACCAGGAAGUCUUUCGAGACAUGAUUGAGGAUGCAGGUUUCUGCUGCGUGCGGUUCUACAACCUGACCGGUGGAGUGGUGGCUCUGCAUUCUGGUUUCAAGCUGUGAAUUGCACUUCCAACACCUCCCCUCCAAGGAUUUGAAGCUUUUCUGACAAACUGACUUUUUCUCUUUGAAAGACAUUGCUACAGUAAUAAAUACCAUUUUGUGCAUGUGAGAGUGGUUUGGCUGAUGAGGACUUUAUGUCUGUUGUUCUUUAGCUCAGGCUGUGAGUCUGCAGGUCUGUGCUGCGUUCA